ACAGGGCACAGACGGGAAAAGACAGAAAAUCCACUCAGGCACUCUGCACACAGCCCAGAACAAAUUGUCAUCUUAUCUACGGAUUCUUCCAAUAACAGCUCGCCGAAUUGUCUCAGGGCUGUGAUCUUACACAUACUGGAACAACAAUGGCCCCAAAGCUGCUUUUAAAAGGCUUUCUUCUGCUUUUAAUCACACUGACAAGAAGCUCCAUAUUUGUGUCAGGUCAAGAAACUACAACUGCAACAUCACUUAGCAACUCUACAGCUGAUUCAUCUACUCCAAACAUAACAUCUGCAGAACCAACAACAUCUGGAAUGAAUGACUCCUCAUCAUCGAAUGUUUCAUUCAGCGCUACUACAGCACCUGGAGUUGGAUCAAUGGUCACUACCAUUCCAACCAAUGGCACAGGAAACACAAGUUACUCUUGGGCCACCACUGUUUCUCCAGUCUCUGGAAUGACAUCAGUUUAUGCAAACUCCACUUCUGCAGCGAACAGCAUGACUAGUUUGCUCGCCUGUAAGUCUUUCAGCUGCAGUGCGCCAGAUUGCUACACAAUGUAUAUGAACGAGACAGCAAGCAACUGCUCUUCUGGCAAUGCCUUCUGUGAGCUCAAACGGCUGAGCAGCAGCAACUACACCACGGGCUGCAGCACCACCUGCAACAGCACGUCCAGCAGGUGCGCGAAUGAAACCCAGCUUCCGUGUGUUGUCGAGUGCUGCCGAACCCCCAACUGCCUGAACGGAUCCAUGCAGCUCAUCAGAACCAGCUUCGUGACUACACGUGCGCCAACAACCACCACCACUAACCCAACUACAACUGUUGCAAAUAAUGGCAAGAAGUGCCAGACCAUGACUUGCAAUGGUGAAGCCUGCUACAAAACACAAGCGAAAAACGACAAGUUGUGUCCCAUCGGAUAUGAGUUUUGUGAGCUGAAAAAGACAGUUGCCAAUGCUGUCAUGACCUGGACCUCAGGCUGUAGCAAGGACUGCAUCAAGCUCCCCUUGAUCGUCUGCACAUCCACUACUGUGGACUGCCUUCAGGAAUGCUGUAAUGCAACUCAGAAAGAAUCUUGUCUCAAGAUGGAUGGGUCUGUUAACAUGCCCAAUGGUGCCAGCACACUUUAUAUUCCUUCACACUUCAUAUUCCUGACCAGCUCAUUCCUGAUCUGGAUUUUAAAUAGUCAGCUUCAAUCCCUCCUGAUUCAGUAGGCCAGGAGAGAGUGUCGAUUCUUUCUGUGGCUUAGUGCGAACAACUCAAGUUGACUGACAGAGCAGGACAUGUCCUUUGUACUGUAGUUUCACAUGUCUGUUUUGUAUUCUUUUUUUUUUUGUUUGUUUCGCAUGUUUGGUGAGCAAAGGUAACAGCUAAAGGGCACAACGAAACAGGAGUAGCUUUUACAGUCGCGUCAAUGCUUAACGUUUUGCAAGAAACAACUCAUGCUAAAAAAGACUUGAUCUUUGUUAUGGCUAUACAAAUUACACCUGUAUCAUGCAUAUUGGGCAUUGCUGAAAAAAAUAUUGUUACUGUCAUUCAAGCACUACUGUAUGCAUGCUGUCAGUUUUGGGGGGAUUUCUAAAGUAUGUUUUGCUUUAGAAAUAUAUCUUUUGCUUUUAGAUGUAAUUUUAUAAAAUAAUAUUACAUGAAGCCUUUUUUAUAAAAAUGCACUUUCAUCACUGAAUUAAGAAUUUCUGUCUUUACAGAAAUAUUACUCAUGAAUUAAAGUUGGGCCCAUUGACUGCAUUUCAAUACUGACAGUAAAUAUUGAAAAAAAGUCUCCUUUCUAGGCACAGUACAGUAUCUUCAAAGAUAGAUAUUCUGGCAUGUAUUUUAUAGACAAAAAGACAUAUAUAAUUCAUUGGAAGUUGGCAAGCAAAGUGCUUUCAAGUUGUUAAUUCACCAGAUGUACAAUGCUUGAGUGCAGGUCCAUUUCUAUAGUCCUAUAUGCCCCAAGGUAUUUAUAUCUCCUUCAAUGGUAACAUCUCAUUACCUUCUCCGAUGUGUGAUGUAUUCAAAGGUUUAUCAGUUGUAUUGUGCUAAGCUACAUAAAACAUUAAUAAUAUGGUACACAAAAACAGUUACAGAUAUUGUUAUACCUCUUCAUGAAGUUCAUCUUGGUCUAUAUUGUAACUGCUAGUUUUAGCUUUAAGUAUCCGAAUGCCUCAAUCAUUUAAAUUAAAAUUUGUAAAUAGUUUUCUUUGAAAAAAUCAGGUUGUAAAAAAGGCUUAACAAAAAUCAAUUCACUUUUCUGCCACAACAUCAAUUAUGUUUUUAAAAAAUUUUACAUUUUCUGUGUACUAUAUAUAUGUGAUAUUGUACAUUAAAAUAUAGCAAUAUAUAAUUAUAUUUUCCCUUAUGAAUUAUUGUGGUACAAAAAAGUACAACAAUAAACAUUACAUUUUCCCCUUAACAAUUAUUUGAAGAGCAGUUUAUUUUUUAAAUUAUAUAUCUUGUUCUUGCUUUUACUGCUUUGUAACAUACUAUACAAAAUAAACUUUCAAAGAGAUUAUUCUAUAAUAAAACAAAACUGAGUAGCUUGCGUUGUAUUACUGAUAAGCAUGUACUGCAUUGCCAAGUUUUUGUGACAGACUGUAAGUGAUGUAAUACAAAAGACAGAGAUAUUUAACUAUCACUUGAUAUUAAUA